AUGUCUGGAGGUGUCGGUCCAACCUACAACGACAUAGCCUUACCAAAAGAAGAACAUCACGCCGCCGGAGAAACAUCAACAGUCGCCGGGAAAACCGCCGGAUUCUUCUCGUUCCGACAACUAAACAUCCUCGCGGUAAUCAUCGUCCUCGCCGCAAGCGGUCUCGUCACAAUCGAGGAUUUUCUCUUCACACUCCUCACAGUCUUCUACUUCUUCUUCCUCUCCAAAUUCAUUUUCCCUCCACACAAGAAUCCGACCCGCGACGCGCCUCUCACAAGCUCCUACCGCAAGAUUUUCGGUAUCUAUGUAGCGUCGGCUGGAGUCGUCGGGCUUCUGAUUCCGAUCUGUUACAUCUUCGAAGGAAUGAUCGAGGACGAUAAACGCGGUGUGAGCGCCGCCGCACCGCACGUGUUCCUUUUGGCGAGUCAGGUUUUCAUGGAAGGCAUAGCCGCCACGUGUGGCUUCUCAGCUCCGGCUCGGAUCCUCGUCCCGAUCGUUUACAACGCAAGGAGGAUCCUCACGCUCGUGGAGUGGAUUAUGAACGAGUUCUCUUGGGGAGCUCCGGUGACUGGGAGGGAGACGGUUUCAGCGCGGCGGCUGUACGCCGGAAAAGUCUUAGCGGUGGUGAACUUAGGGAUUUGGUCGUUUAAUCUCUUUGGUGUUCUGAUUCCGGUUUAUCUCCCGAAAGCUUUCAAGAGGUAUUACGGUUCCGACAAAGAGGAUUAA